AUGAAAGUAACUCUCUCCAUCAUAACUUUACUAGGGUUCAUCGCCCAGACCUCGUCUGCGGUCGAUCCAGGCUUAGCAGCAUGGCAUCUCGAUAAUAUGUAUCCUCUCGUUAGCGAGCGGUUGGAUCCUAUUGUGGCACCGAACGGUAUCGCUUCACAUCUGCAUCGUAUUAUAGGUGGAAGUGCUUUUGGUGCCAACUACAAUUACGAUCAGUACAACGGAGCUUCAUGCUCCAGUGCUGCUGUACAAGCAGAUAAGAGUAAUUACUGGAUGCCUCAACUCUUCUGGCGAGAAAACAACACAUAUGUCCCAUUGAAAGCCGGAACUAGAUUCUACUAUUUCCUCCAUAGGAAUAACAUCAAUGAGCCUGUCAAACCUUUCCCGCCUGGCUUACGUAUGCUUGCUGGAAAUCUGAACGCCAAGACUUACGCCGAUACAGGGCUGCCAACCGGUGCCCUCAACUUCAUCUGCCUGAAGAACCAUUUUUCCACACCCAACGGUGAUACUGCUGGGCCAGAUUUCAACUUCAACAUUGAUUGUCCUCAAGGCCUAGUCACUACAGUCAGAUUCCCUACAUGCUGGGAUGGUGUCAACUUGUAUAAAUCCGAUGGAUCACAUAUGAAAUAUACCGAUAACCUUCAAUUUGGAGUCUGCCCUUUGUCUCAUCCCGUUCGACUUCCAGGUAUUAUGCUUGAGUACACUUGGCAGACAUAUACCUAUCGACCUGGAGUACCCCUCAAGGAUAAAUUGAUCUGGGCCAACGGGGAUACAACUGGAUACGGUCUUCAUGCUGAUUUCGUUAACGGAUGGGAUACUGAUAUCCUCAAUCAAGCAUUAAACGAUCCCGAUUGUCUCACCGGUGAGAUGACCAUGACAGCCUGUCCAACUCUCGCAAUGUACAUGAACGCAGCCACUGCUCAAAGCUGUCAGCCCGAAAGAGGAGCUCUAGAAUCAUUCCCUGAUUUCCAACCUAUCGCAUCUCUUCCCGGUUGUAAUCUUCCUUGGGCUUCUGGUUCAAAGCCAGCUUGUAAUCCUGCGGUACCCAACCCUACUUUGCCUGCAUCUCUCAAGGGAACAGACGGCUCCCUGGUCUAUUCUGGCCCAUCGUAUACGAAUAGUACCGUCAGUCCGCCGAACACCUGGACUCGACAAGGAUGCAUUGGCGGCGCUACUUCACUCGUAAACUCUUUCCAAUAUUCCGAUGCUGCCAUGACGCAAGACAAAUGCCAAUCCACAUGUGCUGAAUGGGGUAUGCAAUACUCUGGUCUGCUAUCUGGCGCUUAUUGUGUCUGUGGAUCUGACGUUGAUCCCGGAGCGUUCCAUUAUGCUGAUACCAGCUGUAAUUCUAAAUGUGGUGGGGAUCAAACUCAAACCUGCGGAGGAAAUGGUAAACUGGAGUUAUUCCGAAAUCCAUCUGCCACCACGGUCAAUCAUGCUGGUAUAACUGAUCCUCAGUAUAUCGGUUGUCGAAGGGAAGGAGGUAAUGGCCAUGCACUUACUGCCGCUUACAUCAAUUACGAUUCCAUGACAAUCGACUGGUGCAAGAAUUACUGUACCGCUCAAAAACAAACUAUCGCUGCUAUAGAAUUUGGUCGGACUUGCAUGUGUGGUAACAGUUGGGCAAAUGGAGGUGGUAUCCCCUACCCUCAGAACCAAUGUAAUGUCCCUUGUAAAGGUAACACAUCUCAAAUGUGUGGUGGAUCUCAAAUUACGCUUUCGACAUUCAAUCUCACGCUUCCCCGUGCAGGUGGCUCUGCAUCCUCUUCUGCAUCCGCUCCUUCCUCUUCUUCUGCCUCUGCCAGUGCCACACAGAGUGGGGUAGUGACCAUCACAAAGACAGUCACGGUCACCGGUGCUUGUUCCAGCCCCGCUACGAGGAGACGAAAUCACCGCGACCUCAAGUUCUUUGCUGAUGCUUAG